GCAGCGGCAGCUGGACCGGCCGGGAGACGGGACACGCACGCACGCUCGGAGACCGAGAGAGGCGGGGAGAAAGGCCGGCCCGACCCGCUGAGCCCCGGGCCGCCGCCGCCGCUCCGUGCCGCGCCCCGCAGCCAGCACAGAUUGGCCUGGGGCUGUGCCCCGCCGAUCACCUCUGGAUCGUUAGACCACCAGGAGGACUUUAGAAGCUGACGGCAUCUCCUCUUCUUUCCCUUACCCCAGCCAAGGCAAAAAAGAGCUGAGGAUAAACUGAAGGGAGUCAUGUCGGAGGCGGUUAAUCUCUCCUUUCUCUCUGAGACAGAGAGGGACUUGAUCUUGAAAGUUCUUCAGCGAGACGAGGAGCUGCGGAAGGCUGAAGAGAAGCGGAUCAGGAGACUAAAGAAUGAGCUACUGGCGAUGCGGAGGAAAGGGGCCAAGCGAGGCAGCCAGCGGUACGGUGAGCGGACUUGUGCCCGGUGCCAGCAGAGCCUGGGGAGAGUAUACCCCCAAACCAACACUUGCCGAGGCUGUAAUCACCUGGUGUGUCGGGACUGCCGCACUCCUGGCGCCCAUGGCACCUGGAGGUGCAAGGUGUGCGUCAAGGAAGCAGAGCUGAAGAAAACAACCGGGGAUUGGUUUUAUGAUCAGAAAGUGAAUCGCUUUGCUAACCAUCUGGCCAGUGACUUGGUGAGGAUGUCACUGCGGAAGAAGCCGACAGCUAGUAAAAGAGAUACUGUGGGGCAGUCUCUUCUCCAGCAGUCCCAACUAAGUGAGGCCCAGACUGGGAUGAAGAGCACCCAGGAGCCACUCAAGGAGUUCAGCCUGUCAUCUGAUGCUUCAGAGCCCAGAGAUGGAAAGGAUUCUCUGGAGCCCGAGAGCAUGAGCGUGGACAAUAGCCAAGUGGAUACUGUAGGCGACACUUGGAGAAACCCUCUGGAGAAAGUUGGAGCCUUGCGAGAAAGCAAGAGGAGUGUUGAGGGCCCAGAGUGCGGCGCUUCUGCGGCCAUCAGCAGCAGUGCCGGUGCAGAUGAUGAAGUACCGCCUUGGGGGCAGACUUUGGGAUCUGCAGAUGAGACCGAAAUGAUAUUCAAGAAGAAUCCCAGGAGAGCUCUGAGGCCUUCAGAGUACACUAAGUCUGUCAUGGAUCUUCGCCCAGGGGACUUAAGCUCUGCCAGUGGCUCCUUGGGAGAUAGAAGCAGAUCAGUCCCAGGCCUCAUUGCAGACAUGGAGGAAGAGGAAGAAGAGGAGGAGGAGGAAGACAUUGAUAGCCUGGUAGAGAUCCAUCGGCAGAAGACGGCAAGAAGCAGUCUGCGGAGUGGCUCUUCCCUGAGCACGCUGGGCAGCAUGGUGAGCAUCUACAGUGAGGCUGGUGAAGUCAGUAACAUCUUGAUAACGGGAGAGAUUGCUAUCUCCCUGAAGUAUGAGCAGUCCUCACAGACCCUGCUGGUCCAUGUGAAGGAGUGCCGCCAACUGGCAUUUGCUGAUGACAUCAAGAAGCGCUCAAACCCAUAUGUGAAGACUUACCUCCUGCCUGACAAAUCCCGACAGGGGAAGCGUAAAACCAGCAUCAAACAAGGCACUAGCAACCCCAAAUUUGAUGAGGUUUUCCGAUAUGAGAUCCCCAAAGCCCUGCUGUCUCAGAGGGUCUUACAGUUUUCUGUCUGGCAUCAUGGCCGCUUGGGUCGCAACACAUUCCUGGGAGAGGCUGAGGUCAACAUGAACCCCUGGAAGCUUGACAAGUCUCUUGAUCAGUGGCUUCCCUUGCAUGGAAAGAUCAGUGCUGAGACCUUGGCCAGCAUCCUGCCACAGAAGGGCGAGUUGGUAGUUUCAUUGAAAUAUAUCCCGGCCUCCAAGCUACCUGUUGCAGGAGACCACAAAAAAAGCAAAGGUGGAGAUGGAGGAGAACUCCAGGUGUGGAUUAAAGAAGCCAAAAAUCUGACUGCAGCCAAAUCUGGAGGCACCUCGGACAGCUUUGUCAAAGGGUACCUCCUUCCUAUGAGGAACAAGACCAGCAAACGCAAGACUCCAGUGGUGAAGAAGAGCUUGAACCCCCACUACAAUCACACAUUUGUUUACUGUGGAGUAAAGCCGGAGGACCUGCAGCAUGUGUGCCUGGAGCUGACCGUGUGGGACCGGGAGCCCUUGGCCAGCAAUGAUUUCCUGGGAGGAAUCAGGCUGGGUGUCGGUACUGGCAUCAGUAAUGGGGAGAUGGUUGACUGGAUGGACUCUGCUGGGGAAGAAGUGAGUCUGUGGCAGAAGAUGCGUCAGUACCCAGGCUCGUGGGCAGAAGGGACCCUGCAGCUCCGUCCCACCAUGGCCAGGCAGAAGCUGGGAUCCUGAGCCUUGGCUCUCCCUGGAGCUGCAGGACCACAAGCUGGGCCAAGCUGGAGGAAGUAGAGCCAGGAUUCAUACUGCCUUGUUUCAUACACAGAUGCACACGUGUGUGUGUAUGUUCCUGUGCAUGUGUGUAUACAGCUGUGCUCUCUGAAUAGCUUGCCAUCCUGCAGUGAAGGGGGAUGUUGUCACCUUUUAAAGCAAUCCCAGUACUAUGGGUUUAUUCUUGGUCAGUGUUUGUGCCUGUGUUCAGUCUCACCUUGUUUGUUUUUCUUCUUGCAGAUUCCAUCCUGACCCAUCCAUUUUGGGUCAGGGUUAAAUGUAGUGUUUGAGAGCUUGAAACCACCAAGUUUUUCAACCUCUUCUACUCUCUCCCUACUCCUAGAGAGUUCAUGGCCUCUUGGGCCUUAGCUUUGCCCCCCUGUUUUGUGGGUUCUGAGGUACUCGUACCCCUUGCCCAAGAUUGUCAGGGGCAGGAAAAAACAGGAAAAGAGUAGGAGUGAGAACAAAAGCAUCAGACUCACCUCCUUGGGAGAUGAAGGGACUCCCUCCCUAGUACUCAGUAAGGCAGCUGGGGCUCCUUUGUAUUUCACCUGUUUUCAGUUCCUCUUCUGGUCAUACAGGAGGGGUUUUAGGGGGGAAGUCAUUGCUUUUCUUCCCUUUAAAGAGAUUCCCCUGAAUUUAUCUCCUCCCCCCAACUCAAGUUGAGUGUCCAGUUUCCCCUCUGGGUAUCUUGGAGGCCUUCAUCAAUGGUGGCCAAACUGUUUGUGUCCUUAGUGUGUGUGUAAGGCACUGCUAGGGACCUGGUUUAUAAGUUUAUGUCAAGCACCCUGGGUUCAUCUAACGGGAAAAAUGGCAUGAGCUCAAUGACCAAUAUCUGGGAGAAGAGCUUAAAGCCAAAGGAGAAAUCCAGGCAAACUAUUCUGAGCCUGGGGGUUAGGGAAGGCUUUGUGAAUGAGUUGGCACCUAAGUUGGAUCUCCAGGGAAAGUUGAGCCUUCUGCCAACAAGUGGGGAAGCAGGAGAGGGGGAGUUCAUUUGAGGUAUGGAGGAUGACAUAAGCUUAGAUAUGGAGAUAGACAAAGACAGGACAAGACCAGAUUCCUUGUGAUCACCAUCAUCCCAAGUGGCUCUGGUUUUCAGAGCCAGGCUUUUGAGAAUCUAAAGCCUUUAAGCCAGUUGUCUUAAACAUAGCCAGCAUGUUCUGUUCUCCUAAGUAGGCGCUUAAACCUUAUCCCAGAGUUUUCUCAGGACCACACCCCUACACACACACACACACACACACACACACACACACACACACACACACACACUUCACACAAUUAUAGCAGGUAUUGCAGAGCCCUUAGUGCCUUCACUGACCAGCUUAGAGUGAGGCCAGACCUUGGACUUGACCUGGAGUGCUUUGGAAGGGAGGCUAGAUAUAGGUUCUCUGAGUUUAGGUCAAGUGGCUGGGCACUAAUUCUCUAAUGCUGUUCCAUGCUGACAAGAUUUCUUGGUGACCCCCCCCCCCAUUACAGAUGCAUUUACAAAGUUGUUUGCAGAAGGAGCUACACUGGGGAGGAAAACAACUCUGGAGCAAGCUGCACUAGCUCCUCUUGCCUAGCUAGCUGAAGAAAUCUCUGUUGUAGGGAGGAAUUGGAUGGAGGUCAUAUCUGGAUUUCUCGGUUUGGUUUCAUAGCAUAACAGGGAGAGCCUUGGCUACAAUUUGUCGUGUUGCUGUUUGCCGCCUUUUAAAAUGUUUGUUUUAAUAAAGCUU